AUGGAGGUCAGGGUCAUCCCUGUGCUUGAGCACAACUAUGUGUGUCUGGUCAUCGAGGAGCACACGCGAGAGGCUGUGCCCGUGGACAUGGCCAUGCCCAAGAGAUUGCUGCAGAUCGUAGGACGGGAGGGAGGGUCACUGACCACGGUUCUGACCAUGCACCACCACUGGGACAACGCCGAACUGGCACGUCUGCGGCCGGGGCUGGUGGUGCUGGGAGCGGACGAGUGCCUGUGCACGCUAACCCACGCGCAGGCACCCUGUGAGAAGCUUCGGUUUGGGGCCCUCCAUGUAUGCUGCUUCCUGAUGUCCGGCCACACCUGCAGGCCCAUGAGCUACUUCCUCUGGGAAGACAAGUAUUUGAUCCGCCUGCCUUGUUUUUGGAUACCGCUGCCGCGAGCCCACCCGCCCUACGUCCCUCUGACCCCGCCACCUCAUCUGCCUCCCCUGUCUGUCCCUGUGGCAGUACUGUGUAACCUAAGUGCCUCCUUUCUCCAGAAGGUAUUCUGUGGCCAUGAGCACACACUGGGUGACCUUGAGUUUGUCCAAGUAGAGCCCUGCAAUGACCAGGUGAGGGCCAGGUUGUCAUGGGCCAAGGGGCGGCUGGAUGAGGAAGCCAUGCCCACAGUGCGAUCCACUCUGGCUCAGGAGCUCCUCUACAACCCCUUCCUGGGGGUGGCGUCCUGGGCCUUCCUGUGGGGCAGGCUGGGGGCAUAUGGCAGGGCCUGAGCCAGUGCGUCUUGGGGGGCUCUGUGUUCUCCCCAUGGACUGCACUUCAGAACCAGCGGGCUCGGGGCCAGCUUGCCGUCGGUGGUGCCU